CAUUCAGCAAAAAACACACCUUACCUUUCACUAGCCUAAUUCGCUCUCUUCUACCACAAACCACUCAAUCCUAAGAAAUCCAUUUGAAAUUUCAAGUCUCGUUCUGGCUAAGUCCAUGUUCAUUGUUUACUAUACCUCACCACUCCAAGGUUCUCGUAAUUUUCUUCAGCAGAAAACGAAACUAUUGCUUCCAGAGAAGAGCAUCAUCUACGACCAUUUUGGCAAUAUUAUAAAACAAGACAAAAAUGGAGAGUGACUUGAGCUGGGAGCGGAACACACUCAUCAAUGAGCUAAUUCAGGGGAUGGAGGUAGCAAGGAAGUUGAAGGCUGACUUGAAGUUGCCGUAUUCAGUUGACACAAGAGAUCUGCUUCUGCAGAGGAUAUUAUCUUCUUACGAAAAGGCUCUACUGAUUCUAAGAUGCAGCAAUGCAUCAACUUCCGAGUUGCAGGGCAUGAAUCAAGCAACACCAACUUUGCUACCCGAGUCCCCAUUAUCUGUCCAUGGAAGUCCUCUGCGCGAGGACGUUCAUGGGGCCAUCAAGGAUCACCAUAAUUCAAAGAAAAGAAAGAUAACGCCCAAAUGGAUGGAUCGUGUAAGAGUGAGCUGUGAGAGUGGUCUUGAAGGACCACAUGAAGAUGGUUACAACUGGAGAAAAUAUGGUCAGAAAGACAUCCUUGGAGCCAAAUAUCCCAGAAGUUACUAUAGGUGCACCUUCCGCAGCACUCAGGGCUGUUGGGCAACAAAGCAAGUGCAGAGAUCAGAUGAAGAUCCCACAAUGUUUGACAUAACUUACAGAGGAAAUCAUACCUGUUCUCAGGGAAACAAUGCCGUUCUGCCACCCAAGUCACCAGAAAAACAUGAGAAACCAGCACACAGUCAUAACAUUGACAUUCACCAUGCACAGGCAUCACAAGAAAGCCUUGCAAAGUUCAGAAGUAUCUUGUCUGUCAACACAGAUAAUCUGGACAAUGGAGAUAUGGCAUAUGCUUUCACUUUCCCUUCCACUUCAUUUGGAUGCAUGAAACAAGACAACCACAGCUUGAUUCCUUUGGCCCUGGAGAAUGACUCCUUCUUAAGCGACCUAUACCAAACACACCUGUUAUCCCCAACAACACCAGAAUCAAAUUAUUUCCCAUCUCCAACUUUCCAGAUGAAUGAGUUUGAUGGGAUCUACAACAGGUCACAUUCGAAAUCCGAUAUCAAUGAGAUCAUUUCCACCAACACAUCAGCAACCAAUUCUCCAAUUCCUGAUUUCAAUUUCUCACUUGAUCCGGUGGAAAUUGAUCCAAAUUUCCCUUUCAAUACCCCAGGAUUUUUGUGCUGAUUGCACUAUAAAUGGAAUACUAUAAGAAUGUAGUCUUCAUAAAACGGGACAAUUUCAGACAGCAGUAGAAUUGUAGAAUAAAGAAUGAGCAACUGCAGCACUUAUGAACGUCCUUGUAGUCAAUAUCAGAAUUGCAAUUUUGGCUCCGUGUUAGCAAUUAGCAGUAUGCACUUUCAAAUAAAAUAGUUUCUGCAAAUUUGCAUUGGUACAACCUACAAGACACGUCUUUAGUAGAAGGGCAUUAAAGGGAGCAGAUAAAAAAUUACACAUCAAAAUUGGAUACGCUGGCCAAAACUCUGUAAUUUCAUUCCAAUUGAUGACUUAGUUACACAAAUAUCCAUAUUUAUU